CCAACAAAAUCUACACAGGGCUUUUAGCAUGCGUGCCAUCCUUUCUUACCGGACUUCUCCACAGCUGACCAUGAUGUUAGCAAUUUUGAUAGCUUCUACUUUUACGUUUGGUUUUGCUCUUGAAAACUUUCAAGAUCAGCAAUACUUGGUACCUAAAAGCACGGUCAAAACGAAUCGUCCAAUUAUAGGUAUUUUGACUCAAGAAACCAAUGCCAACCUUACGCAAUUCGGUUACCAAUACCUUAGUGCUCUUUACGUGAAGACUUUGGAAUCUGCAGGGGCUCGAGCUGUUCCAGUUUUUGUCAAUUCCAGCACACCGGAAAUAGAAAAUAUGUUUCAUUCUUUAAAUGGGUUGAUCUUUCCGGGAGGCCAUGUGAAGUUAAAUAUAUCUAGAUACACAACAGUCGGAAGGAAGUUCCUAGACCUUGCUGUUAAGGCCUACGAUGAAACAGGAGACGUAUUUCCAAUAUGGGCCGAGUGCCUAGGAUUUGAAUUGAUUGCUCUUAUAGUUAGUGGAAGGGACUUAAAGUUUGGUCAAUACGACCAGUCGUUCCUCAGCCUCACAGAUGCAAGAAACAUCAGUUUAAAGCUUAUUUUAUCUCCAGACUUUAAGUCAACGAAACUGUUAGGGUCUGCCCCUGAUAAUAUCAUAAAGUACAUGACACAAAAUGAUAUCAAUUACAACAAUCACAAUAGAGGUUUGACGCCCGAGGUAUUCCAUAAAGAUGAAAAGUUGAGUGAGUUUUUUAAAAUAGUUUCCACGAGUAAUGACAGGAAAGGAAAGCCGUUUAUCUCUACUAUGGAAGCUCUUAAAUAUCCUAUUUACAGUUUUCAGUGGCAUCCGGCGAAGCCUCUGUUUGAGUGGACAACACUAAAAGACAUCAGACAUACAGAGGAGGCUGUUCUGAUAGCACAAUAUUUCGCAGACUUUUUUGUAAAUCAAGCUCGUUUAAGUGACCAUCGAUUCCCGAGCACAGAAGAGGAGAAAAAGGCAUUGAUUUACAACUAUACACCAACAUACACUGGAGAUGUCGUAUCAGUGUUACAGAUGUACUUUUGGUGAUAAAGAGCCUCCUUGAAAUAACUGAAGUAUGCUGAUCCUUUUUAUGCCGGAGGCAUUUUUUA